AUGAGCGGGAGCGAGCCAAUCGCGGGGAGCGUUGCAGCGAUACUCCGGGCAGGAAGCCAAUGGCGGGGGCCGUCUUAUGAAAGGUCGCGCCUGUCAGCCGCUGCCCCGAGCCCGCCCGGCGGGGCUCGCCCGGCCGCCGCAGCAGCCGCGGGUGGGCCCGGGCGCUACCCGGCAUGCAGCGAGGGGGCCGGGCCAUGGCGGCGGCGCGGGCAACGGCAGCGCGAACGGUACCGGCCGCCGGCCCUGCGCGCCGCCCCGCCCCGCCCCGGCGCUGCCCGUCCCCCCCCCCCCCCCCCCCCGCUCCCGCCCGAGGACGGACCCGGAACGCCCGCUCCCUCGCAAGGCCCGGCCCCGGCCGCGCCCCACGUCGCUCCCACACGAAGUUGCCGCCCGCGGGAAGGAGCCCGGCUUCCUCCCGCCAACACGCUGCAGGUGAACCGCGACCGUGGCGAUGGACACCACUCGCUUCAAAAUAAAAAACCAAAAAAAAAAAAAAAAAAAAACCACCACCCCAAACCCACCCGGGCGUUUAACACCAAAAAAAAGAGUUCAAAAAAGGCAAGAAAGUUUAAAAAAGGCAAAAAAAAAAGACCAAAACAAAAAAAGGCA